AUGGAAGAGAAUAAAACAAACGUUAUAAGAGGAAAAUUUAUUGUAAUAGAAGGUAUAGAUAAAGCUGGUAAAACAACGCUUAGUAAUCACUUAAUCAAAACGAUCAAUUGUGUAAGAGUAGCAUUUCCAGAUAGAAAUACACCAUCUGGACAGAAAAUUAAUGAAUUUCUGAAAACUGGAAAUUAUGAGUUAAAUCAAGAAGAUACUGAGAAGUAUAAUUUUUACUUAAAACAUUUUCACAAAUCAAACGAAUCUAAAAAUUUAGUUAAAUUUUGGAAAAUGCAAUGUCUAUUUUAUGAAAACAGAGUCGAGAAACAAGAGUUUAUCAAAUCAAAAUUAGAUGAGGGUGUUAACAUAAUUUGUGAUAGAUAUUCAAUCAGUGGAAUAGUCUAUUCUAGUGCAAAUGGAAUAGACAUGGAUUAUUGUAUAAAUAUGGAAUCUGAUUUAAUACAACCAGAUAUAACAAUCUUUUUAAAUGUUCUACCUAAACAAGCAAGUGAUAGAUGUAAUGAUACGAAUGAAAUUUAUGAGAAUCUUAAAUUUCAAACAAAAGUUUAUGAAAAAUAUCAGUACUUUAAAGAUAAAAUGGUUUUUAUUGAAGGAAAAGAGGAAGAUGUGUAUUUAAAAGCUAUAAAGCAUAUUAAUAAACAUUAA